UCUUCAAAAAUCUCACUCUGUUCCACUCUUAUCCUUUCAUCAUCAUCAUCAUCAUCAUCACUUACCUUCUUCACAGAGCGAGAGAGAGAGCUUCAUCGUCAAUCGAAUCAUCCAUGUAGUGGUGUGAGAUGUCUCUUGAACAAUGCAACAAGAAGCUCUCUCUUUCUUCUCUUCCUCUUUCCCUUCCCUUCACCGCAGUUUCCCCACUCUUUCUCGCCUCCGCUUCCACCAUUUUCCCGCACUUUCCUUCAAACCAAACACUUCUUCUUCUUCAUCUUCAUCGCUCUUCAAAUCCCCAGAUUUCACCAAUUUCACCUCCACAACAACAACAACAACCACCGAAACCCUAGAAUCCUCAAUCCACGAGAAACUCAUUUACCUCGAUUCACUCGGGAUCGAUUUCUUAACCCUAAUAAACCGUCACCCUCCUCUCCUCUCCACCGCUCUCUCCGCCGUUAAAUCCGUCGUCGAUUACAUGACCACUCCACCAAUCAACUUCACCUUACAAGAUUUUCGCCGACUCGUCUCCAUGUGCCCUGAGCUUCUCACUUCGCCGUUAAACUCACACACAAUCCCAGUCAUCACUUUCCUCCUCCGCGAAGUCGGCGUCGACUCAAUCUUUGACCUCCGUCAAGCUUUACGCCGUCGUCCUCGUCUCCUCGCUUGUAGCGUCGAUCACCAGCUCAGACCAACGCUUUACUUUCUCCAGAGAAUCGGAAUCUUAGAUCCGCAUAAACACACGUAUCUGCUCUCCUGUAGCGUUGAGAACAAACUCGUACCACGGAUCGAUUACUUCGAGAAGCUAGGAUUCUCUCGGCGUAGCGCCGCCGCGAUGUUUAAGAGGUUCCCGCAGCUGUUUAAUUACAGCAUCGCUGAGAACUAUGAGCCGAAGUUGAAUUAUCUGAUGGUGGAGAUGGGGAGAGAUGUGAGAGAGAUACUUGAGUUUCCUCAGUAUUUCUCGUUUAGUUUGGAGAACCGGAUUAAACCGAGGCAUCAGGCUUGUGCGGCGAAAGGAGUGAGGUUCCCAUUGCCGGUGAUGUUGAAGACGAAUGAAGCUGGGUUUCGGGAUACAUUGGAGGGAACUUGGAACGUUGGAAAAGAGUACAUUAUUUUUGUAUUGAAUGAUUCUGAAGAACUCAUAAGAAUGAAGGAACCGGUCUCUCUGCCUACGUUUUGAGACACGAGAGAGAGAGAGAUGGUAAGAUUAAAUAUCUUGAUAAGAAUGUAGAUUCUUGGUAAGAUUAUACGUAUUGUUGUGACCGAGAGUGAUCAAAGUGUAUGUAAGAUCAGAAACCUUGUUAGAGUUCCGAUUUGCUCAGAAUUUGUGGUUCUACAAUCUGGAGAGACUAGAGAAGAUGAUGAAUAUGCCAACAGGUUAGCGUUACGAGUUAGUAAUGAUUGGUCUUUAACAGGUCAAUUGGGUUUGAAUCUUGAUGAUCGAGAGCUUGUAGUCUUUAUGGUUUCCUGAAACUUGCCAUUGGUCAGUAAUCAGAUUCUCUGUUUUAGAUG